UUCCUAAUGUCCUGAAUUAGAGGGUAUUUUAGGUCAUUUUAGGUUGUGUAUUAUCCUACACUGAUCAGUUAUAUUCUGAAAAAAUGAAUUUCUAGGUAUAUCAUAUGAGUAGUAUUUUAAUAUCAUACUCAAGGAGAAGUACUGAUGGAAGAGAUCAUAUACAACAACAUUCAGGUAACCAAUUAACUUCUGCCAACUGAAUCAGUUCAACUGUCAUCCAUCUUUGAUCUGACCCCAUCAGAACCCCAAAUAUACUCUUGUUUUUCUCCAUUGUCAUAGAUACAUCCAUAUGUAGUUGGGAGAUCCAACGUGUUGAAACAUACCAGUGAUGUUGCAGUAACAACCUGAGACAUGGCCUCUACAAGACAAUCUGCUUUAGAGUACAUUACAAAUGGAAGGUUACGUCUCAUUGGACGUCUCCAGAAUCUGCCCCUCAUUUUGGAAAACCUGUUCCAGCGCAAGGUUCUUCACGAGGAGGAAGUCAGUAAAAUUCAGGCUGAAGUUGACCAUUUUGACCAAACCAGAAAAAUACUGGACUGGGUCUCGGCCAAAGGAGAGGCUGCAUGCUACGAGUUACUGAUGAUUCUAGACAUCACAAGGAAGAGGACCUUAGGCGACGCUGACUUACAGCAAUGGAUCAGCUGCUUCCCCUUCGAGGGAGACCCAGAGAUGACAGACUACCUUGUUGGUUCAAAACCCUGUCAGAGAUAUCAGACACAGCUGAAAUGUAAAGCACGGAAGAUCACAGAGGGUGCAUGGACACAAAGCUGUAGUCUCCUACCAGAGAGAUGUAGAAAUGAUGGGACGUUCUCUUACACCCCUCUUGUGUUAGAUACAGAUGUGUGUUCAUCUCUCUCUAAAAUUAAAAUGAAGAAUAAAAGAUGCAAGAAAGCUCGGCCUAAAAAGCUAAAGAGCUUCAUCCCCUUGGCCAAACAGCAAACAUCCCCAGCUGACCUGCUUAAAACAUAUGAGAAUAAAAUCCUCCUGGUUGGAAAACCUGGAAUUGGAAAAACAACAGUCGCCCAUCAAAUGUUGAACCUCUGGGCAGAGAAAGAUCACAGAGAACUAGAUUACAUGUUUUAUUUUUAUGUGAGAGACAUUUCACACAAAAAACCCAUGAGCCUGGAGGACCUUCUCUUUAACAUGUACAGUGAGCCAAACGAAAGUAAAGAAGAAGUCUUACAGGAUAUUAAGAAGAACUCUGAAAACAUUGUCAUCAUAUUUGAUGGAAUCACAGACACAGACCUCUCCUUUUUGUCGGUAGUAAAGGACCUUGUGGAGAACCUCCUGCCUGAUGCAAAGAUUGUGACCACAUGCAGACCAGAUCAAUCUGAAGACUUCCUGACAGACUGGCCCACAGACUGGUUCAGAGUGGAGGUGAAAGGGUUCAGUGAUGAAUCCAUCAGGGCUUAUUUAACACAGAUGCUGAGUGCUGAGCCUGACUCCUUGAGCAGUGUGUUAAACAACCUAGAGUUGUUCAGUCUGUGCCAUGUCCCAAUGUACGCACUGAUGGUGGUUGCCGGCAUUUAUUUCCCUACAUCAGAGGCUUCUAAACAGACAUGCACUAUAACUGAAAUGUACAGCAACAUCUUCCAUCACUGCAUCCAAAAACACAGUGGAAAACGACUUACGGAUAUCGACAAUUGUCUCAAAGAAAACAGAGAGAAAAUAUUGUCUUUGGCAGAAAUUGCUUUUGAUGCGACAAAUGAAAAAAACAUGAACUUGACAACACUGAGUUGUGAAGAAAGCAGUGUCCAUUUUGCAUUCUUGGGGGCACUUAUGGUUAAUGUUUCACCCACAGAGUCAGACACUUACUCUGCAUUUCUCCACUACACAAUGCAGGAGUUCUUUGGUGCCCUUUGGCUCUUACAGAAUCCAGACAAAAUCAGAGAGGUUCUCGAGAAGUGCCCGACUGAAGAAUGGAAACACACAAAACACUUGAUUCCUUUCCUGUGUGGCCUUCUGAAUGAGAAGAAUAUUAAAUUGGUUAACAGUCUAGUUCCAGCUCUACAGAUCAAGAAGACGUCAGAUUGGUUCUCCAAGGAAGUGGUGAACACAUUUCUUCCAUCUCAAACAAACCAAGAUCAUGCAGAAGGUGGUGCUCCUGAGUUUGAGAUAGAUCUUCUGUUUUUGUGUCAGUGCUUGUAUGAAUAUCAGUCUACUGAGGCCUGUCAGCUUUUCCUGGACAAACUGAACUACCAUCUAGACCUGAGUGGAGAACAUCUUGAUCCUCACCAGUGCUGUGCAGUCUCUUAUGUGACCAGUCAGUCUGCAGAGAGAAAGGUUGGCUUGGACCUGAAUGGCUGCACUGUGUCAGACCAAGGAGUAAGGCUGAUACUGGGCUCUCUGAAGAAUGUCAGACAUCUUGGACCAUCCUCUGAUGAUUCAUCUGACCCCUCAAUGUUGUGUCAACUCUGGAAAACUUUGCUGAGCAGUGAGGCAGAGAUGGACUUCACCAGCUUACUUGGCAUCUGUGGAAAUGAGUUGCACCUUCCAGUCCAGGGUGAAGGACGAGUGUUUGAGAGAGCAGAAGAAGUGAUGACACAGAGUCUAGAGAGGGUUCAUCUCUGUGUACACUGGGAUCAGAGAACUGUUCUCAGUGAAGCCCUCAGCAAAACCAUUUUAAAGUGUCUACCAAAUAUCAACAAACUCAGGUUUACUCCUCUACAACAUCAGAGAGGAUCCCCUGAAAGACUGGAGACAGAAGAGAAAGCAGUCCUACUCGAUUUGUGUCUACAAGCAGCACUAGAUCACAGAGAAACAUUCCAGAGAAUUGUGAACACACUGCUGUCACUGUUCUCUGUUUAUCAAACUGAGAGGUAUGACAUCCUGCUGGAUCUGUACUCUCAUGUGAAGUACAAUAGGAAUCAAACAGCCAGGAGUAUCCUUCCAUCAUUGAAGCCAGUUUACCAGUCAGCUCCUGCAGUCUGGUCCAUAGACCUCUCAGAGAGAAAGGCCUCCCUCCUCCUAGAAGUGCUGAAACUCCAACCAGGGAAGAAACCAGUAGAGCUGAAGGGCUGGUCAGAUGAAGAGAGUGAAGUGAGGAGUUUCCUUCAGUGUCUGCCCUACAUCUCACAGCUGAGAUUUUCUCCACUGAAGGAUAACAUAAAGAGGAGAAAGAGAGAGAAGACAUUCCUACUGAAUCUGUGUCUUCAAGCAGCUCUCCAUGAGAGAGGAACCAUACAAACAACUGUUGAGAAAAUGUUGUCACUGUCUAAAGUAUAUCACAACCAGAAAUGUGAUUUCCUGCUGGAUCUGUACUCACAUGUGAAGGACUAUGAGACUCAAACAGGCAGCAUGGUCCUUCCAGCAUUACAGCCAGUUUACCAGUCAGCUCCUGCAGUCUGGUCCAUAGACCUCUCAGAGAGAAAGGCCUCCCUCCUCCUAGAAGUGCUGAAACUCCAACCAGAGAAGAAACCAGUAGAGCUGAAGGGCUGGUCAGAUGAAGAGAGUGAAGUGAGGAGUUUCCUUCAGUGUCUGUCCCACAUCUCACAGCUGAGUUUUACUCCAACACAUGAUCAGAGAAGAUCCCCUGAAGAGAGGACAAAGAGAGAGAAGACAUUCCUACUGAAUAUGUGCCUUCAAGCAGCUCACCAUGAGAGAGGAUCCAUGCAAACAACUGUUGAGAAAAUGUUGUCACUGUCUAAAGUAUAUCACAACCAGAAAUGUGAUUUCCUGAUGGAUCUGUACUCACAUGUGAAGGACUAUGAGACUCAAACAGGCAGGAGUUUCCUUCCAGCAUUACAGCCAGUUUACCAGUCAGCUCCUGCAGUCUGGUCCAUAGACCUCUCAGAGAGAAAGGCCUCCCUCCUCCUAGAAGUGCUGAAACUCCAACCAGGGAAGAAACCAGUAGAGCUGAAGGGCUGGUCAGAUGAAGAGAGUGAAGUGAGGAGUUUCCUUCAGUGUCUGCCCUACAUCUCACAGCUGAGAUUUUCUCCACUGAAGGAUAACAUAAAGAGGAGAAAGAGAGAGAAGACAUUCCUACUGAAUCUGUGUCUUCAAGCAGCUCUCCAUGAGAGAGGAACCAUACAAACAACUGUUGAGAAAAUGUUGUCACUGUCUAAAGUAUAUCACAACCAGAAAUGUGAUUUCCUGCUGGAUCUGUACUCACAUGUGAAGGACUAUGAGACUCAAACAGGCAGCAUGGUCCUUCCAGCAUUACAGCCAGUUUACCAGUCAGCUCCUGCAGUCUGGUCCAUAGACCUCUCAGAGAGAAAGGCCUCCCUCCUCCUAGAAGUGCUGAAACUCCAACCAGAGAAGAAACCAGUAGAGCUGAAGGGCUGGUCAGAUGAAGAGAGUGAAGUGAGGAGUUUCCUUCAGUGUCUGCCCUACAUCUCACAGCUGAGUUUCCAUCCAUGGUGGUCUGAUCCCUCAAAGCAGAUCAAGUUCCUGGUGGAUCUCCUGUCUCAAGCAGCAGAGUGGGAGGAGCAGACAGGAGAGAAGACACUGAAGCUGGUAUCAUCGGUGUGGACUUACAGCACCUUUCCUUAUCGCCACGGAGACGAUUAUGAACAGAGUGAUUUCCUGUUGGAUCUGUACUCACAUGUGAAGGACUCUGAGACUCAAACAGGCAGGAGUUUCCUUCCAGCAUUACAGCCAGUUUACCAGUCAGCUCCUGCAGUCUGGUCCAUAGACCUCUCAAAGAGAAAGGCCUCCCUCCUCCUAGAAGUGCUGAAACUCCAACCAGAGAAGAAACCAGUAGAGCUGAGGGGCUGGUCAGAUGAAGAGAGUGAAGUGAGGAGUUUCCUUCAGUGUCUGCCCUACAUCUCACAGCUGAGGUUGUUUGUUGGUUAUGGUGAAGAGAAGGCCUGGACAGUUCUGUCUAAACUCAGUGUUGCUGCAGCUGAGUUUGAUACAGAGACAGGAGAGAAUAUCUUAAAGACAUUAUCCUCCAUGUGCAGAUACACAGAUGAUGAUGAUGGUAAUCCAUUUAGAGAGAGUGAUUUCCUGAUGGAUCUGUACUCACAUGUGAAGGACUAUGAGACUCAAACAGGCAGGAGUGUCCUUCCAGCGUUACAGCCAGUUUACCAGUCAGCUCCUGCAGUCUGGUCCAUAGACCUCUCAGAGAGAAAGGCCUCCCUCCUCCUAGAAGUGCUGAAACUCCAACCAGAGAAGAAACCAGUAGAGCUGAGGGGCUGGUCAGAUGAAGAGAGUGAAGUGAGGAGUUUCCUUCAGUGUCUGCCCUACAUCUCACAGCUGAGUUUCUAUCCAGACUGGUCUGAUCCCUCAAAGCAGAUCAAGUUCCUGGUGGAUCUCCUGUCUCAAGCAGCAGAGUGGGAGGAGCAGACAGGAGAGAAGACACUGAAGCUGGUAUCAUCGGUGUGGACUUACAGCACCUUUCCUUAUCGCCACGGAGACGAUUAUGAACAGAGUGAUUUCCUGCUGGAUCUGUACUCACAUGUGAAGGACUAUGAGACUCAAACAGGCAGGAGUUUCCUUCCAGCAUUACAGCCAGUUUACCAGUCAGCUCCUGCAGUCUGGUCCAUAGACCUCUCAGAGAGAAAGGCCUCCCUCCUCCUAGAAGUGCUGAAACUUCAACCAGAGAAGAAACCAGUAGAGCUGAAGGGCUGGUCCGAUGAAGAGAGUGAAGUGAGGAGUUUCCUUCAGUGUCUGCCCUACAUCUCACAGCUGAGCUGUGAUGAUGACAGGUUCUUCCAGACUGUGUGUGAGUCCAUCCCUGUGAGGUCCAGAGAGGAGGACCAGCAGUUGGCCUCUCUUCUCCAGGCCUUGGGCUCUACCCUGUCACUAGGAGGAGUGUUACCCAGGAAAACCUGCAGGUCUGUGGGAAGAGUCCUGGGUUUCUGUGCCUCCAGAGUGGACCUCACUCUCACCCCCAGCAAGAUCUCUCUCCAAGGAGCCGCACUUCUUUUGAGACAUGAGUCAAAGCUCCACAAGCUCAGGCAUGUUCAGGAAGACAGCUUUUGCAGGCUGAAUCUGGGUAUGGCAGUGAAACUGUCCAGACUGGUUAGGAGGACAGGGAGAGGUUCUACUCCACUGACUGUCCCAGAACUCUUCCUGGUCCUAAAGAGCAGCCAGCCACCAGAGAUUGUGUUAUCCAGGGCUCUGAGUAGUGUGGCGUCCCUGCUGAGAUUCUGGAGGGUUCAGUGUCUGGACCUGACUGACUUCUGCAUCCAGCGUCACUCUCUCAUCACACUGCUGUGUCACCAGGGACCUCUCUCUCUCAGACUGAAUUCAGACACUCUGCAGCAGCUGACUGUAGUUGUGUAUGAAGCUCAGGACAAGGACUUGGCUCAGUGGUUCCUGGAGAAGGUUGGUGGAGACCUGACCUCCUGCAGGCUGGACUGGGAGGUGCUUCUCUCUCUGCUGCAGCAUUCAACCCACAACAUCACUGUGGACCUCAGGAAGAACCGGCUUCUAGAGAAGAACAGCUCAGAUCUUCUCCCCUUUCUGGGAAGGGUUACUCUCAAGAGGUCCAGUUCCAGCUUUGUAAAGUCCUCCAUCAGACAGAUCUAUGACAGUAGAGCCAGUGACUGUGUGUCCAGUUUGUUGAGGUCUUCAGACCAUUGGAUCAACCUGAACAGCAGAGAGCUGGACAGAGUGGACUGUACCGCUCUGUGUUUUACCCUGCAGCACAGCCACCAAGUCAAAGUCAACCUGCUGUGGACCUCCAUACCACCGGGGGAGAUAGAGAGCAUCCUGCCUCUUCUGGACAGAGUCUCCCAACUCAGUGUUGACAGGAGGUUACUGCUGAGUUUCCUCCAGUGCUGUGCUGCCUCUCAGAUCCAGCAGGGGGCACCAUCAUCACCACCAACAGCAGUAUGGCUGCUCAGGUCUCUGCACUACAGACUGGACUUCUCCUGCUCCUCCUCUGUGGACCUGUCAGCUCAGGACCAGGGGGAGGCUCUGUGUCUGACCACUGACCACUGCAGGGCCAUCCACUCUGUUCUGAAGCAGAACCAACACAGCACCCAGCUGGUCCAGAACCAGGUCCAGCUCAUCCUAAGAGACUGUGAGGUGGAGGACAGAGCACUGAGAGAGCUGCUUCCCAUCCUGCAUAUUGUCAAGCUGAGCCCCAGCAAAGCUCUGCUACUUCAGCUGCUGGACCUUGUGUGUGAGGGGAUUCAAGAGGGGCUGCUGAGGCACGCAGAGUCCCUGUGCAGAGCCCUGGAUGGGGAGCUGGACCUCAGUGAGACCAGGCUGGACCAGAAGGCCUGUGGAUCUCUGGCCCUGGUUCUGGAACACUCAGAGGGUCUGUCAGAACUGGACCUCAGCCACUGUCAACUCACAGACCACCAGCUACAGCCCCUGAUCACACACCUGCAUAAAGUACAAGUCCUGGACCUGAGCCACAAUGACAUCACUGAUGCUCUGACUGACAGAAUACUCCAACUGGUCUCUACCAACACUUCAAUACACACCGUACGACUCUUCAACAACAGAAUCCAGGACAGAAGACCCUUCCUGACAGACAAGAGGUUUGACAUCUGGUGAAACAACAUCAGGUCUUAGUUCAGGAAGAGAAGGCUGAAUCCAGGACAGAAGACCCUUCCUGACAGACAAGAGGUUUGACAUCUGGUGAAGAUAAUGUUCUAUAAUAACACUUUGAUGUGGAACAUAAACUGAUGGAACAUUUUAAUACAAAAGACACACAACAAACUGGUUGUUCCAGCUGUAACAGUCCGAUCAUGUAAUAACUACAGUCAACAGACUCAUUAAAGAGAUUAUCUGCUACUUGUUGUGUACUUUUUAGCCAGUAGUGCUGAUAGUAACACUCACAAGUCAAAAGUGGUCCCUGAAUAUGUUGUACUACAUCACAUAUGUUCACCACGUCAUCUCUCUCUGCUGUGGCCCGCCCUGCAACCUCAUUGGAUAACCCUGGCUUCUUGCUAGCUGUCACUCAAAUACGAGUGGCUGAAGCUCAUGAUAUAGAACUCUAAUUUUGUACGUUUGUAGGUGGCUACAAUGCGGAGCCCGGAAAAUAUUGUAUUCAGCAUUUCACUGUAAGUCCUACGCCUGUAUUCAUGUGACUAAUAAAGUGUGAUUUGAUUAUCAGUU